CCCUGAUGACAGGGAAAAGGAUAAGCUCCAAUCAGACCCCUAACAGAAGGCGUCUGAAGGUGUGGGAAACGAGAUCUUAGCACAUGUCUUGGGAUCCUAGGUAAGUCGGAGAAUCACAGAAAACACAGGGAAGCGAAAUCAACCAACACCCUUCUUCUCUGGGACCCUAAGAGUUAAGAUCAACGAGAGGUAGCCAUCACUGUUUCCUAGAGAGGCUCCAGCAAAGCCUGUCGGGGAAGGUCCGGCAACUUCCUGUUUCUGUCUUCCUGGUUUGAGAGUUUAGGACCCUGGGUUGGUGGGGUUGGAAGGAGUGGGGGUUUCCUUCCUCCUGGACAGCUGGGCCUGCUGGGGGUGCAGGGCGCCUUGUGUGUAGCUCCCAGAACAGUGAGUUCCUUCUGGGGGGGUCGGGAGCCGAGGGCUGCGGGCCGAGGAGUGGGAACAGCACCGCCCCGGCGGCCGUAUCAGCCCCCGAGAGGAAUCUCGCUGCUGCAAGGGGCAGAGGCGCCGCAUCUUCCGCCAGACAGCGCCUCCCUCGCCUGCCGGGUUCCUAUAGGAUCUAAUCGCUGGAGUUGAUCUGGUCUCCUGGGACCUCACUUGUGGUCCCUCUGCCAGGGGUUCUUUAAGCUGAGCUGCAGGCAGUGCAUUUUCUUAGGCAGGCUCUUCUGAUCCAAACCAUGACCCCACCCCAAUCACUUGUUCGCUGUACGACGGUCAAAACUACCCUACUCUGUGGAAUGACAUCUUUUAAUAUCAUUUAUGACCUAAAUUUUGCAGCCGUUUCGCUGAGCCAGUGUUCUCGAGGGAUCCUCUACUACCAAAGUUAAUAGAGAAAAUGAUGGACAUUUUACCCAGACUCUUGGAUCCUUUGCGUAUACGUUGAUAGAAUGAUGUAAUUCAGACAGCAAAACGUAUUACUUCAUUUGAACAAGUUUCUUUCUCUCUCUGUCCCUUUCUUUUUUGUUUUGCAUUUAGGGGUGUGUGCGCGCGCGUGUGUUCACUCAAAUACCAUGGGGAUAUUUUAAAUUAGAUAGUUUCACCUUUUCUCAUAACAAAGUCCCAGCUUGCUGGGUGUGCUUAGGGAACACAAACUCAUACUGGUAUGAACUCUAGGGAGGUAAAUCUGUUUUCUAAAAAUUCAGUCAAUUCAGUCAAUAUAUUCCAAAAUAAAGGUAUUCUGAGGAUCAUUUGCAGUCGGGGGUUAUGCCCAACUCUACUUCCUGCUCUAGUUUACUGUAAUAGAUAAAAGAAUGUGGACGUCAAGUCCAAAGGACUUGAGGCUUAAUCCUGCUCACCACUUGCUGUGUGCGGCACAGAACGUUCUGCGCGUACAAUUGUUAUGUUGCAACAGCUGGAAAGAAAAGAGGAAGAAUAAGUCUUAAUAAAUGCUGCCAAACAUGACCUGUUUCCUUCUACAAGAGUUCUGAUCCCUAACCUGGCUGUGAUCAUUACGAUGGAGCAAGAGAAAGAACUGUUAGUCUCAGAUUCUAAUGGCUUCAAGGAGAGAAAGAGUUUGAAAAACCCUUAUACAGGAGAUGAGAGUAAGAAUCAUUUGGAAACUGUUCAACACAAUAACCCUAAAACAAAUAAACUUAAAGAGAAACCCUCAAAGUGGUGUAAAAGAGAUGGCCCGCGAAAUUCUAAGCAUGAGGAUACAAAAGAAACUCUGUUGGCAUUGUCUAAAGGAGAUGAGAUUUGGUGUCUUGAUUCCUGUGAGAAUAAUGGCAAGUCAGAGAGUCAGUGGGAAAAUUCUAUAGGAAAAGAGGAGGAAAAGUCCGAUCAUUGGGAAUGGGACCUAGGAGAACAUGCCAGUUUCUCCACCAAGAAGAAUAAACCCUCUGGAGGCAAACCCUACAAAUGUCCUGAAUGUUGGAAAAGUUUCAACAAUAGUUCUCAUCUGCGUAUUCACCAGAGGACCCACUCAGGAGAAAAACCUUAUAAAUGCUCUGUGUGUGGAAAAUGUUUUAGUAACAGCUCUCACCUGAUUCAGCAUCUGAGAACACACACAGGAGAGAAGCCCUACCAGUGUGGUGAAUGUGGGAAAAGCUUCAGUAAUACCUCCCAUCUUAUUAUUCACGAGAGAACUCACACAGGAGAGAAACCCUAUAAAUGUCCCGAGUGUGGGAAGCAUUUCAGUAGUAGCUCUCACCUUAUUCAGCAUCACAGAUCACAUACAGGUGAAAAACCAUAUGAAUGCCCUGUAUGUGGGAAAUGCUUCAGCCACAGCUAUGUCUUGAUAGAACAUCAGAGGACUCACACUGGAGAAAAGCCUUAUAAGUGCCCUGAUUGCGGGAAGAAUUUUAGUCAGAGUUCCAGCCUGAUUCGCCACCAGCGGACACAUACAGGUGAGAAGCCCUACAAGUGUCUGGAGUGUGGAAAAAGCUUUGGUUGUAAUUCUACUCUAAUAAAGCAUCAAAGAAUACAUACAGGAGAAAAACCCUACAAGUGCCCAGAAUGUGAGAAGAAUUUCAGUCGAAGUUCAAAUCUUAUUACACACCAGAAAACACACAUAAGAGAGAAAUCCUAUGAAAGUUCUGAACGUGAAGAAAGCUUGAGUCAGGACUGCAAUAUGAUAGAAGAAUGCGGAAUCCAGCCAGGAGAGAAACCAUAUAGAUGCUGUGAAUGUGGAAAGAGUUUUAGCCUUAGUUCUCAUCUUAUUAGACAUCAGAGAACACAUACAGGAGAGAAACCUUACAGAUGUUCUGAGUGCUGGAAAACUUUUAGUCAGAGUUCCACCCUGGUGAUUCACCAAAGGACACACACAGGGGAGAAACCUUAUAAAUGUCCUGAUUGUGGUGAAUGCUUCAGUCAAAGCUUUAACCUUAUCAGGCACCGCAGGACCCAUGUAGGAGAAAAACCUUACAAAUGUGCUGACUGUGAAAAAUGCUUCAGCAGAAGUGCCUACCUCAAUCAACAUCGGAAAAUUCACAUAGAAAAGUCUUUUGAGUCUCCUGAAGUUGAUUUUCUGCAUGAGUGGACUUGGAAAAACUGUUCAGGGGAAAUGACCCUCAUCCCUUCAUUUUCAGUUCCAAAUUCAUCUUCCUGUUGAAUCCCAAAGUCUGUUUUUUGUUUUUUUUUUUUAAAUUGGACCAUUACAACUAAGGUACUAUGAACUUUGUGCUACAAAUUGUCUUUGGUGUGUUUGCAAAAAUGUCUGGAAGAGAAGUCAACCUCCCAGUUUAGAGGAUGGAAGACACAGAUAACUAUGUCAUUGGAUGUGUCCAGUGGAAGAUACCACCAAGAAUGAAGAAAAAGAAGAAAUUGUUAUUUUGUUUUAUUUAAAAUGAUAGGAAUACCUUCAAAGGAAAGUGUAAAGAGUAAUCCUGGGAAUAAGCAAAAGGACACCUGAGAUCUUGAAGCUAGGGUUUCCACUGAGUUACCCUAUUUUCCCUUGCCUUACUGGGUGGAGAUAGAUUAUUACUGGCCCCUGGAGUUUGGCCAGAGAAAGAUUCUUUUGAACAAAUAAUGUGAUUUCUGGCUGUUUUGUUGAAUUCUAAGAAAGAAAAGACUCAUUUAAAUGCAUUUUUAUUUACUUAAAACUUUUGUAGCAUCUAGAACUCCACUGUCAGAUAGCCUCUAGCCACAUGUGGCUAUUUAAGUUUAUAUUCAUUAAAAAUCCAGUUUAAAAUUUAGUUCCUUUGUCAUACUAGCCACAUGCCAAGUGCUCACUAACCACAUGUGAUUGGUAGCUCUUUUAUUGGACAUCAUCACACUUCUUUCUUCCAAAACCAUUAUUCUUGACAGACUUGUAAAUAUUUCCUAUAACACUAAGAAGUGCACUCUGGGGUUUCUACUCUUCAGUGAGACUACAAUAUAGAGUAAAAACAAUAGAAUUUUGAAGCCACUGGGUCUAGAGAUUGGCUGUUCUAAUGACUGGAUGUUUUAAUUUACGUUCAACCGACAGUGAUGGGCCCAUUGUCUCUUGGCCAAAACCAAAUUAGGAGGCAAGAUUCUUGAAUUCUGCUCUUAAAUUGUUGAUAGUUAUUUCCUCUGAGUUUUCUUGUUCCCUUUUGUAAUUCUUGGUCAGAUCAAAAAGUGAGUUCUUUUUAUAAUAAUUAACCCACUGAUUCUGAGCCAGUAUCCAGGAGCAGUUUGCCAUUGGAAACAAGACUCCUGAGUUCCAGUCUUGGCAGUUAGUGUUCUUUUGCCUAUGGACUUUGUUGGUAUAUGGAUCUGAUAACUCAGACCUCAUCUUCCCUACUUGUCUGUCCUAUAGGAAUGAUGCUUUGAAAAGUAUUUGCUAUUUCCUAUUCCCUCCCUCAUUUUUUCUUGCUAUUGGAAAAGGUAGAUGUGCAGGAAGGGCAAGAAUCUUGAGAUGCCCAGAAUUUCUUCUCAUUUUUGGAUUCAAAAUACAUUUUAUGGAGAAUAUAGUACAGAUGCAAAUUAGGAGUGUGGAGCCAGAUAGGGCCAAUUAUAGCUGCUGCAAAUGGCUGUAGCUGGUGGGUAACCGAAUUGCAUGGGGAUUAUUUCUUCUUUCAUGAUUGUAGUGCAUCUGACUGGCCAGGCAAUUGUGUUUUUUUGUAUUGCUAUAUGAUUAAAAAACAACAAAAACUAAUAAAAUAAAUGUAUUUAAGAAGUGCUUGGGGAUGAUUUUCUGCUUUCAAAAACGGGAAACAUUGAGCAUUACAGCUUUUAUGUGACCUCAGCCUAAGCAUCAUUAUAUGUUUGUAUGUUAUAUACAACCAAACCAAUCAUCGUGAGUUGAUUCUGACUCAUGGUAAC